ACGUUUCGCGACGUGCGGGAUGACUAAGCUUGUAACAUUUGACGCGACCAAUACAAUAAUACGCCUCAGUCGUCCUCUUGGCGAGCAAUAUUCACUUGCUGCCAAGAAAUUCGGUCUUAGCCUGACCGCUGCGCCUCAAGUUCUACAUAAUCAUUUCAAGAGCGUAAUGAAAGCAAGUCAGCCCAAUUACGGGCGUUCUCUCGGUAUGACAGCCAAAGAAUGGUGGAAACGCGUCGUUCACGAGACCUUUGCAAGAGCCGGAUGCCCGGAUGCUCAAAGAGUCGAUGUCGUGUUCGAGCAUCUGUACGAGGAAUACUCGAAAUCACAUAUGUGGCGGGUCUUUCCUGAAGUGCCCGAUCUAUUGCAGAGAUUGUGUGAGAAGAAAACUACGCUGGGCGUGGUUUCCAACUUUGAUGAUCGUUUGGAGCAACUUCUCGUUUCUCUCCAACUUCGACGAUAUUUCGCGUUCGUUCUGACCGGAUACGAAACCGGGUUCGAGAAACCGUCUCUAGAUAUGUUUCGGAUGGCUUUGCGAGAGGCGAACUGUGAUGCUGGUGAUGCGUUACACGUGGGUGACAGUUUUAGUCAUGAUUACCGCCCUGCAAUGAGUUUGGGUAUCAAAGCACUUUUGAUAGACAGAGAGAAAGGAAAGACAGUGAUGGAUGCCGGUAUUCCAGAUGGUGACGUAAUAGAGUCACUAGACAGUGUUCUUGACCAUGCUAGCUAGUAACGUGUAGUUCGUCAGGUGUGCUAGUAAAUAAGAGACUAGAAUGUAAUGUAUGAGAUUGUUUGUAUUACAGAGAGGCAUACGUAGUGUAUAACACUUAAUUAAAUUAGACCUAGCUGGCAUGGUAUGUAGUAAUUAGACAUAGCACUAUGUGGUUAGUACGUUAGUGAGCGUUGUAGAGUGUGUACUAGCAAGUGAG